GAGACGAUUCUUUGCAUUUAACCUUUACCUUCAAUAUUCUAUUAAAAUUGAAUGAUAUCAUAUGUUUUGAAGUUUUGAUCUAAUCAUACCCUUCAAAAUGAGAAUUCAAUUAAUUUUUGGGCCACCAAAUCUUGUCGUGUUUCCAAAUGUUUCAUUUCAAGAAUUCUUACCAACUCUAUUAUUUAAAGCUCACCAGCAAGCAAACAAGCAGCUUCAUUAAAGCUCCUAUUACUAAUUAAUUGCAUCUCACAUCACCAUUUCAAGGACGCAUUGUUUUUAAUUAAUGCCGUUCAUACACCAUUUUCGUUUGUAAUUAUUUUCAUAAUGCUCCAUUUUUUGCCACCUUAUCAAUUCGGGAAAAGAUUCGAAUGUUACCCUCAAUGUUUGGCUUAUAGCUCAAAUAAGCCCUUCAAGUAUGCAUUGCAAGCUCAUCAAAUUUUCUGUUCCUCUCCACCAAUACAGCAAUUCAAAAGGAAACAGCUGAGUAUGAUAUUGAAGCCUUACAAAAAACAAAUGAUUUUCUCCGAUAAUGGGAGAAAGAAAGAGAUUUAUAUUGCGUUUCACGUGUUCGAUGAAAUGCCCAUGAGAAAAGUAAAGGCAGCCAGGUCAGAAUUUCAUUAGCCCCGUAAGCAAUAACUGUUUUUAUAGAAUUGUUAGAAGAAUGGGUUAUUUGAGCCGUUUUCAAAAUAUCAAGUAUAUUUUAGCAUCUUUAAAGGGUCUGCUUGGAACCAACGGGGUUGGUCCAAGUGAUAAGCGGCCUGAUAUUUCUCAAGUAAGAUCUCGGGUUCGAGUCUUGUGAAUACAUAAAAUUUCCACGGGCAGACUCACCCACUAUGCACUUGGCACGAAAGUAGUCCAAACAUGGAGGAAUAUUUGAACCCUUUUCCCAUGCUUAAAAUAUAAGCAUAUUUCCGCAUUACAUAGAAAAACUACUCUCUGUCCCGUAUAAGAAGAGACAUAAUUUUUGUUACAUAUAAUUUAAAAAAGUAAUAAUUGGUAUUGUUAUGUGAUACCGACCUAAGAAUAUCCGAACUCCAAGCAUCGCCUAAAAAAUGCUAUGCUCGCCCGUUGACAUCUGAUACCGACCUAAGAAUAUCCGAACUCCAAGUGUCGCCCAUAUCGGUCUUAAUCAGACUCCUCCCGGUCAGCUAUCAAGCUGACCUCAUCCACUUCGUUCUCUUACACCCACUUCCGGGAUAAUCGGGAAACGUGCCCUAACCAUUAUCAAAGAUCGUGGGACAAACCCACGAACUAUCAGAUAACAACCGCCAUAAACUCAUUAUAAAAGGAAGCCACGGAAUGCUGAGAGAGAAGAGUCCAGGCAUGGUUCCAAGAAUCAAUGGUGAUGCUGCAUACUAUCCGUUGCCGAGCGAGAAACCAAAUGACAGUGAUGAAGUUACUGGUUUUGCCAAAGCAGGAUUUCUCAGUCGAAUGUCAUUUUGGUGGCUGAAUCCAUUAAUGAAGAAAGGUAAGCAAAGGUUACUUGAAGAUGAAGAUAUUCCACUUCUGAGUCAACAACACCGAGCAAAUUCCUGCUAUUUGGCCUACGCAAAAGAACUAUCAAGAUUGAAAAAGAACAAAUCAUCUGACGAAUCUCCUUCUAUGUUAUCAGUCAUUUUUUCGUUGCACCGGAAUGAAAUCUUAAUCUCCGGAUUUUUUGCACUAACUAAGGUACUCUGUACAUCUGCUGGUCCUUUGUUCUUAAAAGCAUUCAUUGAUAUUGCAGAAGGCAAACAAGCUUUUGAAUAUGAAAGUUAUGUACUUACAGUUGGACUGUUCUUGGCUAAAUGCUUGGAGUCUCUAUCAGAAAGGCAAUGGUAUUUCCGUACGAGGUUAAUUGGAAACCAAGUUAGGUCUAUGCUUUCUGCAGCUAUUUAUCAGAAGCAACUACGCCUCUCCAAUUCGGCAAAAGUAGCUCAUUCUCCAGGUCAGAUUGUGAAUCUAGUGACUUCUGAUGCUUAUAAGAUUGGCGAGUUUCCGUAUUGGUUUCAUCAAAUAUGGACUACGAGCCUUCAGCUUUGUCUCGCUUUAGUAAUUGUCAUUUACGCUGUUGGGCUCGCUAGUGUUGCUGCUUUAAUUGCUCUUGUUGUGACUGUAAUUGUGAGUUCUCCAAUGGUUAAAUCGCAGAUUAAGAGUCAUACUAAGCUUAUGGCUGCACAGGAUAAAAGGCUGAAGGUGAUCACGGAGGCCCUUGCGAAUAUGAAGGUCUUGAAGCUGUAUGCUUGGGAGAUUCAUUUUAAGAAUGUCAUAGAGAGGUUAAGGGCUGAAGAAUUUCAGUGGAUUUAUGCUGUUUUAUCAAAAAGAGCACACCAGAUGGUUUUGUUUUGGUCAUGUCCUGUUAUAGUACCAGCAAUUACUUUCUGGACUUGUUAUUUCCUCAGAAUUCCACUUUCUGCUGGUAGUGCUUUCACUUUUCUUGCGUGUUUGCGCAUUCUUCAGGAGCCAAUCAGGUUUAUUCCUGAGAUUCUGGCAACUUUCAUUGAAGCAAAGGUUUCGUUAGACAGGAUUGCGAAUUUUCUUGAAGCUCAAGAAUUGCAGAAUAGAAAUAUAAGGCAUAAAAGCAGCAGCAGCAAAUUAGAGCUCAAUCACUCCAUUACUAUCAGGUCUGAUGAAAUUUCAUGGGAGACUGAUUCCACAGGAAGAGCAGCGAUAAGGAACAUAAACCUGAUGGUUCAAGCAGGAGAAAAGGUUGCAAUUUGUGGAGAAGUUGGCUCAGGAAAAUCAACCCUUUUGGCUGCAGUGCUUGGAGAAGUUCCAAACAUCAAUGGAACAGUCUAUGUGAAUGGGAAGAUAGCAUAUGUUUCUCAAGCUGCAUGGAUCCAGACAGGGACUAUACAAGAGAACAUUUUGUUUGGGUCUGUAAUGGAUACAAUUAGAUAUGGUGAUGUUCUUGAGAGGUGUUCACUAGUGAAAGAUCUUGAGAUGCUUCCAUUUGGUGACCUGACUCAGAUCGGAGAAAGAGGUGUUAAUCUAAGUGGUGGACAGAAACAGCGGAUCCAACUUGCUCGUGCGCUGUAUCAGGAUGCAGAUAUUUAUCUUUUAGAUGAUCCUUUCAGUGCAGUGGAUGCUCAUACUGCAACUAGCUUAUUCAAUGAAUAUGUCAUAAGAGCUUUGUCAGGGAAGACAGUGCUACUCGUUACCCACCAAGUCGACUUCCUUCCAGCUUUUAAUUGUAUUUUGCUGAUGUCAGCAGGGGAAAUCAUUAGAGCAGCAAGUUAUGAUGAAUUGCUGGCUUCCAGUCAGGAAUUUCAAGAUCUUGUCAACGCACACAAGAACACAGUUGGCUCCGAGGAGCAAAUUAAUCCUGGAUCAAGCAAAAGAACAGCAACUUGCAAAGAAGAAAUCCAGAAAGUUCGAGUUAAAGAACAGCCUACAGAAGGUGAUCAAUUGAUUAAGCAAGAAGGAAGAGAAUCAGGAAACACUGGAUUUAAGCCUUACAUACAGUAUUUAAGUCAUGAAAAGGGAUUUUUCUACUUCUCUUUGGGAAAUAUACUUCAUGUUAUUUUUAUAUUUGGUCAAGUGGUACAAAACUACUGGUUGGCCGCUAAUAUCCAGAAUUCGGAUGUAAGUAGAGUGCUCCUGUUUUCAGUUUACACUGUUAUUGGCUGUGUUUUGGCAAUCUUUUUGCUCCUCAGGGCCUUUUCAAUAAUUCUAUUAGGCUCCGGCGCAUCCAAAUCUAUAUUUUCCAUAUUGCUGACCUCUCUUUUUCGAGCACCAAUGUCCUUUUAUGACUCAACUCCUCUUGGAAGGAUUCUCAGCCGAGUUUCAUCAGAUUUGGGCAUUAUAGAUACUGAAUUUGGAUAUAAACUGCCAGUUGCAGCCGGCACAACCAUCAACACAUACUUGAAUUUUGCAGUACUGUCUUUUCUUACUUGGCCAGUCUUGUUUGUUAUCAUUCCCAUGGUCUAUCUAAGUAUUAUCCUCCAGAGUUACUAUAUGGCUACUACGAAAGAGUUGAUGAGAAUCAAUGGCACAAGUAAAUCCUCCGUAGCAAGUCAUCUCUCCGAAUCGGCUGCAGGAGUCAUGACGAUCAGAGCAUUUGAGCAGGAAGAUAGAUUCUUCUUGAAGAACAUGGAACUCAUUGACAGGAAUGCAAGUUCAUACUUCCACAAUUUUUCUGCAAGCGAGUGGCUGAUCCAACGUUUGGAAUUGUUAUGUGCAAUUGUUCUUUCAUCCACAACACUAGCCUUAACUUUGCUUAACCUCGGAGCUUCUGCCUCUGGAUUUGUUGGAAUGCAGCUGUCAUAUGGGAUUUCUUUAAAUGUAUUCCUCGUCUACUCAAUCCAAUUUCAGUGUUCGGUAGCUAACCAAAUUAUAUCUAUGGAAAGACUGGAACAGUAUAUGCAUAUUCCUAGUGAAGCUCCUCAAGUUAUUGAAAAUAACCGACCAGAUCCGAAUUGGCCUGCUUUUGGCAAACUGGAAAUAUGCAGUCUGAAGGUUAGAUAUCGGGCGAAUGCUCCACUAGUUCUUCGGGGGAUAACUUGCAGCAUUGAAGGAGGGCAUAAAAUUGGAAUAGUUGGAAGAACUGGAAGUGGAAAGACAACUCUCCUCAGCGCCCUGUUUCGUCUGGUAGAGCCUACGGAAGGGAAAAUAGUAAUAGAUGGCCUUAACAUUUCCACAAUUGGACUUCAUGAUUUAAGAUCUCAUUUUGCGAUUAUCCCUCAAGAUCCUACGCUUUUUGUUGGCUCUGUCAGAUACAACUUGGACCCUUUAUUGCAUUAUACAGAUCAAGAAAUUUGGGAGGUUCUCGAGAAGUGUCACCUUCGAGCUGCCAUUCAAGAAAAAGAAGAGGGUCUCAAUUCUGAAGUUGCACAAGAUGGAUGUAACUGGAGUAUGGGACAGAGGCAACUGUUUUGUCUAGGAAGAGCAUUACUGAAGAAAAGCAAGAUAUUACUUCUUGAUGAAGCAACUGCAUCCAUUGACAAUGCCACCGACUCGAUCAUCCAGAAAACCAUAAGAUCAGAAUUUGCAGAAUGCACUGUAAUUACUGUAGCUCACAGAAUUCCGACAGUCAUGGACUGCACUAAGGUGCUAGCCAUUAGUGAUGGGAAACUGGCGGAGUAUGAUGAGCCAUUGAAGCUGAUGAGCAAGGAAGGGUCACUAUUUGGUCAGCUAGUGAAGGAAUAUUGGUCUCGCACUACAAACUGCAGCAGCCAUUCAGAAGAGUUGCAAUCUAUAUUCUUGAGUUUUAAGUUGCAGAAGAUUACAGGCAUGGAUCCAAGACUUCACGGUGAUGUUGCAUACUAUCCGUUGCCGAGUGAGAAACCAAAUGACAGUGAUGAAGUUACUGGUUUUGCCAGAGCAGGAUUUCUUAGUCGAAUGUCAUUUUGGUGGCUGAAUCCAUUAAUGAAGAAGGGUAAGCAAAAGCUACUUGAAGAUGAAGAUAUUCCACUUCUGAGUCAAGAACACCGAGCAAAAACUUGCUAUUUAGCCUACACAGAAGAAUUAUCAAGAUUGAAAAAGAAAACAUCAUCUGAUGAAUCUCCUUCUAUGUUAUCAGUCAUUUUUUCGUUGCACCGGAAUGAAAUCUUAAUCUCCGGAUUUUUUGCAUUAACCAAGGUACUCUGUACAUCUGCUGGUCCGUUGUUCUUAAAAGCAUUCAUUGAUAUUGCAGAAGGCAAACAAACUUUUGAAUAUGAAAGUUAUGUACUUACAGUUGGAUUGUUCUUGGCUAAAUGCUUGGAAUCUCUAUCAGAAAGGCAAUGGUUUUUCCGUACAAGGUUAAUUGGGAACCAAGUUAGGUCUAUGCUUUCUGCAGCUAUUUAUCAGAAACAAUUACGGCUCUCCAGCUCGGCAAAAAUAGCUCAUUCUCCAGGUCAGAUAGUGAAUUUAGUGACUUCUGAUGCUUAUAAGAUUGGUGAGUUUCCGUUCUGGUUUCAUCAAAUUUGGACCACAGGCACUCAGCUAUGUCUUGCCUUAGUUAUUGUCUAUUACGCUGUGGGGCUCGCUACUGUUUCUGCUUUAAUUGCUCUUAUUCUGACUGCAAUUUUGAGUUCUCCAAUGGUUAAAUCGCAGAUUAAGAGUCAUACCAAGCUUAUGGCUGCACAGGAUAAAAGGCUGAAAGUGAUCGCGGAGGCGCUUGCGAAUAUGAAGGUCUUGAAGCUGUAUGCUUGGGAGAUUCAUUUUAAGAAUGUCAUAGAGAGGUUACGGGCCGAAGAAUUUCGGUGGAUUUAUGCUGUUUUAUCAAAAAGAGCACACCAGAUGGUCUUGUUUUGGUCAUGUCCUGUGUUAGUACCAGCAAUUACUUUCUGGACUUGUUAUUUCCUCAGAAUUCCACUCUCUGCUGGUAGUGCAUUCACUUUUCUUGCUUGUUUGCGCAUUCUUCAGGAACCAAUCAGGUAUAUGCCUGAGGUUCUGGCAACUCUGGUUGAAGCAAAGGUCUCGUUUUAUCGGAUUGUGAAUUUUCUUGAAGCUCAAGAAUUGCAGAACAGAAAUAUAUGGCAUAAGAGCAGCAGUGAAUUAGCGCUCAAUCACACCAUACUUAUAAGAGCUAAUGAAAUUUCAUGGGACACUGAUACAACAGUUAGGUCCACGUUAAGGAACAUAAACCUGCUGGUUCAAGCCGGAGAAAAGGUUGCAAUUUGUGGAGAAGUUGGCUCCGGAAAAUCGACCCUUUUGGCUACGGUGCUCGGAGAAGUUCCAAACAUCAGUGGAACAGUCAAUGUUAAUGGAAAGAUAGCAUAUGUUUCUCAAGCUGCAUGGAUCCAGACUGGGACUAUACAAGAAAACAUUCUGUUUGGGUCUCCAAUGGAUACAAUUAAAUAUGAUGAUGUUCUUGGGAGGUGUUCACUAGUGAAGGAUCUGGAGAUGCUUCCAUUUGGAGACCUGACUCAGAUUGGAGAAAGAGGUGUUAAUCUGAGUGGUGGACAGAAACAGCGGAUACAACUUGCUCGUGCACUGUAUCAGGAUGCAGAUAUUUAUCUCUUGGAUGAUCCCUUCAGUGCAGUAGAUGCUCAUACCGCAACUAGCCUAUUUAAUGAAUAUGUCAUAAGAGCUUUGUCAGGGAAGACAGUGCUGCUCGUUACCCACCAAGUUGACUUCCUUCCAGCUUUUAAUUGUAUUUUGCUGAUGUCAGCAGGGGAAAUCAUAAGAGCAGCAAGUUAUGAUGAAUUGCUGGCUUCUAGUCAGGAAUUCCAAGUUCUUGUCAAUGCACACAAGUACACAGUUGGUUCUGAGGAGAGCAUUCACCCUGACUCAAGCAAAAGAACAGCAAUUUACAAAGAAGAAAUCCAGAAAGAUCGAGUUAAAGAACAGCCUACAGAAGGAGAUCAAUUGAUUAAGCAAGAAGGAAGAGAAACAGGAGACACUGGUUUUAAGCCUUACUUGCAGUAUUUAAGUCAUGAAAAGGGUUUUAUCUACUUCUCCUUGGGAAACAUACUCCAUGGUAUUUUUAUACUUGGUCAAGUGAUACAAAACUAUUGGUUGGCUGCUAACAUCCAGAAUUUGGAUGUCAGCAGAGUGCUCCUGUUUUCGGUUUACACUGUAAUUGGUUGUGUUUUGGCAAUCAUUUUGCUUCUCAAGGCCUUUACCAUGAUUCUAGUAGGCGCCGGCGCAUCAAAAUCUAUCUUUUCCAUAUUGCUGACCUCUCUUUUCCGAGCACCAAUGUCCUUCUAUGACUCAACUCCUCUUGGAAGGAUUCUCAGCCGAGUUUCAUCAGACUUGAGCAUCAUAGAUACAGAACUCCCGUACAAAAUGCCAGUUGCAUCCGGCACAACCAUCAACACAUACUUGAAUUAUGCAGUAUUAGCUUUUCUUACAUGGCCAGUGUUGUUUGUGAUCAUUCCCAUGGUUUAUCUAAGUAUUCUCCUGCAGAGUUACUAUUUGGCCACUACUAAAGAAUUGAUGAGAAUCAAUGGUACAAGUAAGUCCUCCGUAGCAAGCCAUCUCUCUGAGUCGGCUGCAGGAGCCAUGACGAUCAGAGCAUUCGAGCAGGAAGAGAGAUUCUACCUGAAGAACAUGGAACUCAUAGACAGGAAUGCAAGUUCAUACUUCCACAUUUUUUCUGCAAGCGAAUGGCUGAUCCAACAUUUGGAAUUAAUAUGCGCAAUAGUUCUCUCAUCCACAACACUUGCCUUAACUUUGCUUAACUUUGGAGCUUCUGCCUCUGGAUUUGUUGGAAUGCAGCUGUCAUAUGGGCUUUCCUUGAAUGUGUUUCUUAUCUACUCAGUCCAAUUUCAGUGCUUUGUAUCAAACCAUAUUAUAUCUAUGGAAAGGCUGGAACAGUAUAUGCAUAUUCCUAGUGAAGCCCCUGAAGUUAUUGAAAAUAACCGGCCAGACCCCAAUUGGCCUGCUCUUGGAAAAUUGGAAAUAUGCAGUCUGAAGGUUAGAUAUCGGCCAAAUGCUCCGCUAGUUCUACGGGGAAUAACUUGCAGCAUUGAAGGAGGACAUAAAAUUGGAAUAGUCGGAAGAACUGGAAGUGGAAAGACAACUCUCCUCAGCGCCCUGUUUCGUCUAGUAGAGCCGACAGAAGGGAAAAUAGUAAUAGAUGGCCUUAACAUAGCUACAAUAGGACUUCAUGAUUUAAGAUCUCGUUUUGCUAUUAUCCCUCAAGAUCCAACGCUUUUUGUUGGCUCUAUCAGAUACAACUUGGACCCUUUAUUGCCUUAUACAGAUCAAGAAAUAUGGGAGGUUCUCGACAAGUGUCAUCUUCGAGCUGCUAUUCAAGAAAAAGAAGAGGGUCUCAAUUCUCAAGUUGCGCAAGAUGGAUCGAACUGGAGUAUGGGACAGAGACAAUUAUUUUGUCUAGGAAGAGCAUUACUUAAGAAGAGCAAGAUAUUACUUCUUGAUGAAGCAACUGCAUCCAUAGACAAUGCCACCGACUCGAUCAUUCAGAAAACCAUAAGAUCAGAAUUUGCAGAAUGCACUGUAAUUACUGUGGCUCACAGAAUUCCAACUGUCAUGGACUGUACUAAGGUGCUAGCCAUAAGUGAUGGGAAACUAGCGGAGUAUGACGAGCCAUUGAAGCUGAUGAGCAAGGAAGGGUCACUAUUUGGUCAGCUAGUGAAGGAAUAUUGGGCUCGCACUACAAACAGCAGCAGCCAUUAACUAGAGUUGCAAUCUUAAUUCACUAGAGUUGCAAUCUUAAGUGAGCCCAUGCAGCUAUUGGAGAUGAUAUAGCUUUUCCUCAGGUUCAAGAUUUUUAUUUAUGUCCACUAAUAUGUCCUCGAUUCGAUUUUCGAUUCACUAUUUAUAAAAUUUAAUCUCCAUUCAAAUCUUAAUUUAACAACUACAUUACAAUUAUCUAUGAUUUGCAACACUAAAGACAAUUAGUAUAUUUUAAGUUUCAUCAGAAGCGUGUGCUGGUCUGCAUACUCUGUGGGAGAGAUUUUUAUAUGGACUAUGUUCAUGAUCAAAUUGAAUUUUAAUAUACUAUUAAUAGUAUUAA